UGUACUGGUAUUUCACAGUAUUUGUAUAUACUUAUGGAAAGAGAUACCCCAUCCCUUCUUGUCUCACUUUAAUUUGGGACUCCUCCCGGAUAUGGUCGUUUGAUUGGUUAGUCUUUCUAGCUAGCUAGCUAACAGUAAGUUAACUGUCAGAUUGUGCAUUCUUAGAUAUUAUGGCUAAAUAAUUACAAUGGGAAAUAGGUACAUAGCUACAUUUAUUUAAAUGCUCUACUCCGAUGAACAGACAUUGUUGACCUCGCAAAAUCGAAAUACUAAAAUGCCAACUCCUAAGAAAAGAAUAGGUUCGUUUGACCCUCAGACUAAGAGAGGAAAGCUGGAUCUGAAGGCUGCUGUUUUGCCCCUGAAGAGAAACCUUUCAACUUCUGUGAAACAGACAAAGCUUCGGAGAGGCCCUACUCAGGGAAGGAUUUAUGUUGCACCCCAAGCCAGGAAGAUGCCUACACCCCUGCAGAAUGAUACAAAAAACACAGCAAAACCCAUUCGCUGCUCAACCAGAGUGAGAUCAGUCCAAAAGACAGUGAUCAAGAGCCAACCAAAAAUGGUUGUCCAAACAGCAAAGGGGAAGAAGAUGAUCAAUGCCUCAAGGACGCGUUCAUGCACACGAGGAGGACUAUCAAAUCAGUUUCCUAACAACACUUCCAUAAUUCAGCCAGCAAAAAACAGAAACGCUGGUUUAAGGAAGGCAAGGGUAAAUAAAACUAAGGAAUUGGGCCCCUCUGCUUUAGUGCCUUCAAGGGGCAGUGCUUCUUUUGGGGAAGUAGGGAUCAGAAAGCAGCCACAGAGAGCAGAGGCUGCCCCUUCUAGAACUCAAGGUAAUAGAGAGCUCCCUUCUCAUGGGACCAGAGGCCGUAAGAGAGCUAGAUCCUGCAGCCCAACAGAGCAAAAUACAACUUUGGUUGGUCCCUCCGGCAUGGCGAAGCCUGUUACUCUUAGUUCAGUCCAGUCAGACCACAAUUAUGGUAGACCUGCAGAGUCAAGCUGUAAAAUCCAGAUGACAAGCCAGAGAGAAAUACUUUUCAAGAAAGGACCUAAGAAUCAGGCUGCUAUAAAGACAAAAAACCAACAAGCCUUGAGGAGGAGACGCUGUUCCACUGAGCAUCUUCAGGAGACUUCUAUGUCCAGUCCUCAGACCAGCAAAAAGAGCCGAAGUGCCCUAGAUUGGCAGGGAGAACUCUUCUCUGGCUCAAAGGACAGUGUCGACAUUUGCCAAGGAGUCAAACGGUGCAUAAAAAAGUCCCCUCCACCUUUGGAAGCACUUUUCAAAGUCAUUAAGGAGUCUAACCUUUACAAACCUUCUUUGACUGGAAAAGAGGGUUCAGGUGCAUCAGAAAUUGAAGGAGUGCACAGGCGUUGCAUCCCUGCUGAUUUGGAGAACUUUAAAAAGGACACAGAAAUAUGUGAUACCCCACAGACAUUAAGAGUAGAGGAUGCAAAAAUGGGAAAUUGUCCUGUGAAUUUAGGUACUUCAGAAGCUGUAUUUGGCAAUCUGUUUGUAGAAAAUGGUUGCAUUUUAGCUGCACAUCAUGAAUCAGAGGACAAGAGUGCUUUGGAAGAACAGUCCAAAGUGAGCAUUCAAUUGUGCAAUCCCCUGAACACUGAGAUGCAUGUGCAGGAUCAACCUCUUCCAACAUCACUGGAAAUGAGAGCUGUAUCUGUCAAAACCAAUGUGAUUAACCUUGCAGAGAUGGAAGAUAAGCUAAUGGCCAAAGGCAGGCCUGCUCCUCCCAAGAAGCAGGAGAUGAACCCCCAAGCCAGGACUAAGGCCCGGCUAGCUGCACUAGCUGAGGAAAAGGCCGCUGCAGCAAAGGAAGCAGCUACUAAGCAACUGAAUCUCCUGGCCCUGUGUGAAGAAAUUGCUGAGGACAUUGCAUCAGACACAUCUGAGCUGAAGGAGGGGAAAGAAGAACAGUAUACAAUGUCUGACCGUCCUAGUAAUCCAAAGGCAAUUCUGUUGAAGCACAAGGAGCAAGAUGAUAGCAUCCCAACAUCUUCUGUCUGUGACAAUACCACUCCACCCUCUAUUGAGGCCCAAAAAGUGAUUCCCAUGAGAAUAGAGGAGCCAAAAAAGCGCUUCUUCCUGAGUCAAAUCACAGUGCCUUUGAAAUCCAAUGAGAGAAAGAAGCUGACUCGCUUUCAGAGGCUGCGCCAGACCGAACUUCAACGGGAAAAACUGACGUGGACCAGAAUGAAAAAGCUGAAGACCGAGCAGACAAAUUGGAGACUCUCCAAUGAUGGAGAAGUGGCGCCAAAUGUCAUUCUUGCUGCUCCCCCCUUGAGUCCUGCUCCAUGCUUAGCGACUACCUGGAAGGAGACCAAAAAAAUGGAAAGUGUAAACAAGAGACAACUGCCAGCAGUGGCACCGUCUAUGCCAAAUGGUGUCACUGUUCAGAAUACCAGGCCAGUGGUAGAAUACAAACUCUAUACACCCAGGCCCAAGUAUUCGCCUGAUGAUUUUGUGCUAGAUGGAGUGGAUGAGGAGCCAAAACGCAUCCCUAUAAAACUAAUGUAUCAGAAAAUAAAUGUACUGGCUGGUCCGAAUUGUGUUGAAGAUGUGAGCUGUGUGGGACCGGUCUCUUCCCCUCCCUCCAUAGCGUCACCUUCAGCUACACCAGGCAAAGGACCAUGUAAUCUGCAAGGCGCUGAACCAGAACAGCAACCCUCGGCACAAGCAGAGCACAUCAAAAAGGACAAUUCUGGCCACCAUGCUGUGUCUCCUGACACAGCCGACUCCUGUUCUGGAAGCAGCUUCUCUGACACCCAUAUGCACAAAGAGAUCAAGAGGCUGAAGAAUGCGGAUAAAGGCGGACAAGCCAUGACUGACCCAGAUCAAAAGCACUUUGGCACAGUGACAUGCAGUGUUUGUGGCAUGUUCUACUCUGCUGCCAACCCUGAGGAUGAGUCCCAGCACCUGCUAUUCCACAACCAGUUUAUCAGUGCUGUCAGAUAUGUGGGAUGGAAGAAGGAGAGGAUUCUGGGAGAAUAUCCUGAUGGCAAGAUCAUCUUGGUCCUUCCAGAUGACCCGAAAUACGCUCUGAAGAAGGUGGAAGAGAUCCAUGAAAUGGUGGACAGGGAUCUGGGUUUCCAGCAGGUAGAUACAAAGUGUCCUUCCCAGACUAAGACCUUCCUCUUCAUUUCUAAUGACAAGAAGGUGGUUGGAUGCCUCAUUGCAGAACAUAUACAGGAGGGUUUCCGGGUGAUUGAAGAGGUCACGCCUGAGGGCUCAGAGGGGGAGAAGGUGAUGUUUGAGCAGCAGAGGGCCUGGUGCUGCUCAACAGUCCCUGAGCCGGCCGUCUGUGGCAUCAGUCGCAUCUGGGUGUUCAGCAUGAUGAGGAGGAAGGGAAUUGCCUCAAGAAUGAUCGAGUGCCUGAGGAACAACUUCAUCUAUGGAUCUCACCUAAGCAAAGAGGAGAUUGCCUUCUCUGACCCCACACCUGAUGGCAAGCUCUUCGCAGCACAUUACUGUGGCACUUCCCAGUUCCUUGUCUACAACUUUGUCAGUGGGACCCUGUCAGCCCGGCCCAGCCCAGAUGUGAUGUGACCUUCUUUGAGCUGACUACUGAUCUUGUGAUUCCAGCUGAGCUGCUGAAACAUUCAAGUCAGGCCUUCUUGUCAGGAGCACACACAGCCUUGGCUUACACUGGUUUGGUCUGAUAACUGCCAAGCAAACUCUUUGAGAUAAAUGUUAAGCAAUCUUUCAACAGUUUUUCUUUUUUUAUUUUUUAACUCAGGUUUUUAAACAAUGUGUUGUAAACAAAAAUUAUAAUAAAAAGGUUUUUUCCCCUUUAUCCCGUUAAUGAAAAAAUGUUUUGAAAGCAUUCUAAUGCAUUUUUUUAAGGAAAGAAAAUACUCAGCAAAAUGGUUUUGUGGGCAGCCUGUAGCGUAGUGGUUAAGGUACAUGACUGAGACCCACAAGGUUGGUGGUUCGAUCCCUGGUGUAGCCACAAUAAGGUCUGCACAGCCGUUGGGGCCUUGAGCAAGGCGCUUAACCCUGCAUUGCCCCAGGGGAGGAUUGUCUCCUGCUCAGUCUAAUCAACUGUACAUCACUCUUGAUAGAAGUGUCUGCCAAAAUGCCAUUAAUGUAAUAUAAUGUAAUGUUUUCCAUAGGAAAAGCACUGAAAGAAAUCUCAAAUAUUUUUCACUUGAGUAUUUAUAAUCAAAUAUUUUAAAGUGAUAUCUAUUUAGCUCUUUUCUUCUAAACUUGACCUGUUUGGUCAAUCAUAUCUCUGUUGUCACUGUAUUAUAAGCAUUGUAUCCCUGCCAAAUUUCCCUGCCAAAGUCAAACCGUAGGUACCAACUCCUGUUGGUAUUGUGUUCAGUUGUUUGGCGGAUUGGAUGCGUUUGGAAUGGCACUGUUUGUGAGACUGGAUGUUAACCCAUGUCACAGGUGCCAGGCUGUUGUGGCUGCGUAUGGUUCUUCCACCCGCUACUGAGGCUCCUGACUGUUUGUUCAAUGAAUAAAGCGUAAAAAUGA